CAACCGCACCUGUCUUAACCUCUGUUACGCCUCGUAACACAGAGGACAACCCAGAGAAAAUUUUGGAAGGAGAAAUCUUUUCUCCAUCCUCUAUUCUCUUCGUUUCUUUCCCAGCCAAUGAUUCUCGGAAAACUUGAUAAUUCCAUUGCAAUGGAGUUCUAAUCUAUAGAGAAAAUAUUAUGGAACCAUAAAGUUUUCAUUUUUUCUCUUUGUUUCCUGGUGCAGGAGAACACUGUGACUCCUUUUCAUGGGUAUUCCUUUGUUCUCCUGCACUCAGUUUUCUGUUUUUCCCCUUCAUUGUGUUGUGGCACCAUAAAUAUAUCAACUUUUUUCUUUUUGAUUCUGAGUGCAGGUAAAUUCUCUCCGUUCUCUGGGUAUUUCUCUGUUUUCCUUAGUUUUCCUUUUUUCCUCCUCCUUGAGUCAUCUUAGAUAUGAACUCCAAUGGCCGCAUCUUUUUUCUUCUCGUUUUCUUCUUUAUCACCUUGAAUUCAAUCCCAGUUUCAAGCAAAGACUCUGCCUCAGAAUCAAAGUCUUAUAUCCUCGCAUGUGGCGCUUCCGGUGAAGGCACCGAUACCGAUGGCAGAAAAUGGGAACCUGAUACGAAAUAUGUGAAUUCUUCAGGUAAUACAAUAACGGCAUCAGCUGAAACUCAAGACCCUUCAUUGCCAUCAACAAUCCCUUAUAUGACAGCGAGAAUUUUCACAUCUGCAUUCACAUAUAAGUUCUCUGUUCCCAAAAAGAGUCGCCUCUGGGUCAGACUCCAUUUCUAUCCAUCAACUUAUAGCUCUCUUCAAGCCAAUGCGUCAUAUUUUGCUGUUACUGCAAAUAAACUCCAACUUCUCAAGAAUUUCAGCGCUUCUAUUACGGCUCAGGCUCUCACAAUGGUCUAUAUCAUUAAAGAAUUCUCUCUGACCCCAAUUGAAUCCGGCAACCUUGAUCUCACAUUCACACCCUCUUCAGAUUAUGAAGAUUCAUACGGUUUUGUCAAUGGAAUUGAAGUAAUUCCCAUGCCGGAUAUUUACCAGUCUGCAGUCGUGGUUGGUUUGAGUCAAGACAAUCUUGAUCUCACCAACUCUUCUUUGCAAACAAUGUACAGGCUAAACGUUGGCGGACAGUACAUUCCUGCAUCAAAUGACUCUGGCCUUACAAGAACCUGGUACGAUGAUACGCCAUAUCUGUUUGGUGCAGCCAUUGGCGUCACGGGCAAAUCUAACAUCACCAUCAAAUAUCCUACCGCAGAUGUCCCUAAGUCUAUUGCCCCGUUGGAUGUUUAUAGUACUGCAAGAACGAUGGGGCCAGAUCCGAGGGUAAAUGCCAAUUAUAAUCUCACAUGGGUGUUUUAUGUUGAUUCCAAUUUUACAUAUCUUCUAAGGUUCCAUUUCUGUGAGUUUUAUCUGACCAGAAGCAACCAGAGAGCAUUUGAUAUUUAUAUCAACAAUCAAACAGCUCAAACUGAUGCAGAUGUUAUCAGCUGGGCAGGGUCUCAAGGAGUUCCAUUCUAUAAGGAUUACUCCAUACAUGUGGGUGAUCAGAGUGGUGAUGAUCAAUUAUGGGUGGCUUUGCAUCCCGAUAUUGAAGAGAAGCCUCAAUAUUACGACUCAAUUUUGAACGGACUGGAGAUUUUUAAGCUUAAUGAUCAAAGUGGUAAUUUGGCAGGCCCCAAUCCUGUGCCAUCUGCAAUGCAGGUCAAGGCUGAAGCAGAGAAGGAUUUUUCUUCAUCAGGAUCCAGCCGUAGUAAGGUAGUUAGUGGAGUUGCUGGUGGAGCUGCUGGAUUAGCAGUAGUUUCUAUCUUCAUUUUUGUCCUCAAAAAGAAGAAAGAUCUUAGAAGUCAAUCUGGGAGCCGUACUACCUGGUUGCCACUCUAUGUAAAUUCCCAUACAUCAGGAAGCAAAUCCACUAUCUCAGGCAAAAGCAAUGCAAGUAGCCACCUUUCAAAUCUUGCGCAGGGACUGUGUCGCCAUUUUUCAUUGGCGGAGAUCAAACAUGCUACCAAGAACUUUGAAGAGUCUAAUGUUAUUGGGGUUGGAGGAUUUGGGAAGGUUUAUAAAGGCGUUAUUGACCAAGGGACAAAAGUUGCUAUUAAGAGAUCAAACCCGUCUUCAGAACAAGGAGUUAAUGAGUUCCAGACAGAGAUUGAGAUGCUCUCCAAGCUGAGACACAAGCAUUUAGUGUCUUUAAUUGGAUUUUGUGAAGAAGAUGGUGAGAUGGCUCUGGUUUAUGAUCAUAUGGCAAAUGGUACUCUUAGGGAACACAUCUACAAGGGCAACAAGCCUACCUCUUCCUUGUCCUGGAGGCAAAGAUUGGAGAUUUGUAUUGGUGCUGCAAGAGGACUUCACUAUCUUCACACUGGUGCCAAGUACACGAUCAUUCAUAGGGAUGUGAAGACAACAAACAUUCUCUUGGAUGAGAAGUGGGUGGCAAAAGUUUCUGAUUUUGGUCUGUCAAAAACAGGUCCUAAUCUCAACAACCAAAGCCAUGUAAGUACAGUGGUAAAAGGGAGCUUUGGAUACUUGGAUCCUGAGUACUUCAGAAGGCAACAGUUGACAGAAAAAUCUGAUGUCUACUCUUUUGGGGUAGUCCUAUUUGAAGUAUUAUGUGCAAGGCCAGCUCUUAAUCCUAACUUGUCUAAAGAACAAGUUAGUCUUGCAGAUUGGGCUCUAAAUAGGCAAAAGAAGGGAAUCAUUGAGGAUAUUAUUGAUCCACAUAUAAAGGCUGAGAUACAAUCAGAAUCCCUCAAGAAGUUUGCAGAGACAGCUGAGAAGUGUUUAUCUGAUCAGGGGAUCCAUCGUCCUUCAAUGGGUGAUGUGCUGUGGAAUCUUGAAUUUGCUCUCCAAAUGCAGGAUAACCCUGAUGGGGCUAAACUGGCUUUAGAAAGCAAAGGAAAUGACACGUAUGCAAUGAACAGACAGAUGCCUACCAUUGAGGAGGAGAGUUCGUCAGGUGAGGAUACCGAUGAUAUGAGCAACAAUAAAAUGCUUUCACAGAUGGAGAACCGCAGAGGAAGAUAAAAAGAAAAAAUUGUUCUGUUUUCUAUGUUCUCUCCUCUGGUAUUUCAAGCCCCUCCAAGUUUCUGCUUCACUGGAUUGUAUUCUUGUUUAUCUGGGACUUUUUAUUUUCCAAUGGAUCCUAAUUAUGAUUUGUUAAUCAAAGCAUAUGUAAUCUUUAGGCUAAGUGAGAACAAAAACG